AGCCAGGCGGUGCACGAGCUGGCUGAGCAGGGGGAGCGGCGCGCGGGUGCUGGAGAGCCGGGUUCCUGUGAGGGAGGCGAGCCCGCCGCCUAGGGCCCGAGUGGGCAGACGGGCUACUGAGUCCCCGCUGGAUCCGGCCAGGGAGCCAUGUGUCCCAACUGGGAGACUAGAGACUCCAAGCCAGCCACCUUGUGCAGCAGAUGGAAAAACUGAGUUUCGGGGCGGGAAGGUUCUGCUCGAAGUCACACCAAGGGAGCAGCGGGUCGCCUCGGUGCCGUGCUGACGUCUUUCCCAUCUUGUUUAUCCAUCCCGCAUUUGUUUGGGCUCAGCGCAGGGGCUGCAGGGGAUACUGUAAGGCCCCUCGUCUCCGCGCUCAAAGUUUCGUAAAAAUGGAGUUUCAAGCUGUAGUAAUGGCCGUUGGUGGGGGAUCUCGGAUGACAGACUUGACUUCCAGCAUCCCCAAGCCUCUGCUUCCAGUUGGAAACAAGCCUUUAAUUUGGUACCCACUGAACCUGCUUGAGCGUGUUGGAUUUGAAGAAGUCAUUGUGAUUACAACCAAAGAUGUUCAAAAGGCUCUCUGCACAGAAUUCAAGAUGAAAAUGAAACUAGAUAUUAUAUGCAUUCCUGAUGAGGAUGACAUGGGAACUGCAGAUUCUCUACGCCGCAUAUAUCCAAAACUUAAGACAGAUGUGCUGGUCCUGAGCUGCGAUCUGAUAACAGAUGUUGCCUUACAUGAGGUUGUGGACCUGUUCAGAGCUUAUGAUGCAUCACUUGCCAUGUUAAUGAGAAAAGGACAAGAUAGCAUAGAAUCAGUUCCGGGUCAGAAGGGGAAAAAAAAAACAGGUAAGGUAGAUGAGAGUCGAUUUUAUAAUUAUUAUUGUCGUUCUUCCUUUCAUAUAAGAAACAUUUAUUGGGAACCCACUAUGCACAGCAUCAUGGCUCUGACCCUUCCACCUUUCUGGAGCCCAUUCCCUGAUGAUAGACUAACAUCCAUAUUACCUGAUCAUGAGCCUGUUCUCUCCUGUCCUUCCUACAGGUACCCUAGAAUACAUUUCCAUACAGGCCUCGUGGAUGCCCAUCUCUACUGCUUGAAGAAAUACGUUGUGGAUUUCUUAAUGGAAAAUAGGUCAAUCACUUCUAUCCGAAGUGAACUGAUUCCAUACCUAGUAAGAAAACAGUUUUCCUCCGCUUCCUUGCAACAGAGGCAGGAAGACAAAGAAGAGGAACUAAAGAAAAAGGAGCUGAAGUCAUUAGAUAUUUACAGUUUUAUAAAAAAUGACAACACUCUGACUUUGGCUCCUUAUGAUGCCUGCUGGAAUGCCUUUCGAGGAGACAAGUGGGAAGAUUUUUCUAGAUCACAGGUGCGCUGCUAUGUCCACAUCAUGAAAGAGGGACUCUGCUCUCGAGUGAGCACACUGGGACUCUACAUGGAAGCCAACAGGCAGGUACCCAAAUUGUUAUCUGAGCUUUGUCCAGAGGAGUCAAUGAUCCACCCAUCAGCCCAGAUUGCCAGCAGACACCUGGUUGGAGUUGACAGCCUCAUCGGGCCAGAUACACAAGUUGGAGAUAAGUCAUCUAUUAAGCGCUCAGUCAUUGGCUCAUCCUGUGUCAUACAAGAUAGAGUGACUGUUACCAAUUGCCUUCUCAUGAACUCUGUCAUUGUGGAAGAAGGAAGCAGCAUCCAGGGCAGCGUCAUCUGCAACAAUGCGGUGAUUGAGAAGGGUGCGGACAUCAAGGACUGUUUGAUUGGUAGUGGUCAGAGGAUCGAAGCCAAAGCUAAACGAAUGAACGAGGUGAUUGUGGGAAGUGACCAGCUCAUGGAGAUCUGAGUCCUGAACAAGACUGACCCUUCCUUUUGGCCCCAGACUACAGAGGUUGGCUGACAGAUGUUGGCUGGCCCACCUGUUUGACUCUGUAUUUAUUAUUUUAUUUUUUUUGGUUUUUCGAGACAGGGUUUCUCU